CUUAAGGCCGCUUAUGCACGGGCUUUCUGUAAAUAUUUGGUGUUUUUAUGGACAGCCAUCGUCUAACCGAUGCCAUCAUCUCACAGACUUGACCCUGCUUUGCGAAAUAACCUUAUCAGCAAGCAUACUGAUAUGAGAGACCCUAGAGCUGCAUAGAGAUCACAGUUAUGUAAUUAUAUUGGAGGUUGCAGUAUUGUAGUUGUACGCCAUGAAGUGUCUAGAUUCAGCCUCGCAUGAUUUGAUACCAGGCGUAAAUUAUAUAUACUUGAGAUUGCCUCUCUAGAAAGGGGACCAUCUGCGCUCAAACCAAGACCCAAAGAAGCAACUCACACAAGUUGGAUACCAACUGCUCAAAACCUUCGAUCUUGCAUUGAUCUCCCCUGCUAAGGUACUGGCAGAGAAACACAUCUGAGCAUCCUACCAAUCUACAAUCCCCCCUCAAGACAUCGUCUACGGAAAGUAAAGAUCAACAUGGUCUUCCACCUCCUCCCAGCCCUCGCGGUCGCAGGCGUCAAGUACGUGAUCAAAGAAGCAACUGAUGCCCCAGCUUGUGGCAAAUGCGGCAGGGAGAAGAUGAAGAUGUGGGCAGGCAUUCGCAUCAUCUUCCUUUGUGAGGACUGCGAAGACGGCAUGAAAGUCAAGUUGAGCUUGAAGGCCGUUCAGAUCGCGACUUUUGGUUUGGCGAAUUGAUACCCUGUUUUAUGCUUGAAGCGGUGGCUAUGCCACCUCGAUGCAAGUGAGAGUUAUGUAGUUACAUCAACUGAUGUGGAAAUUUCCAAGAGAUUGAACAGAGCUGCCUAGGCAGGUACACGUGGGAGGGUUAAGAGAAGUGGUUCAGCGAUGUGUAGGAUCAAGGAUUGGACGGAUUGAUGAAUGACGGUUCGCAGGAGUCACUCUUUUGAAUAACAAUCAAUAAUGACACGAAGCUUGAACAUGUACAACUUUUGAACUACCU